AUGGUAGAUAAACGAACUUGAAUGGAUUUAAAGAGUAAAGGAGUUGCUGCUUCUUCCAGGAGCCAAACUCAGCCAUUUUUUGGAAGAAAGAAGCCACUGCAACAAGGAUGGGCUUCCAGAUCUCAGGCAAUCCAGAAUCCUUGUCCACCCGUGGUCCCCCGACUUGAUUUGGGAAGCCUUGUUGACUCUGAUGAGGAGGAACAGGACAUAAUAUCUGAAAAUUUAUCGGCACCAACAGAUAAAUACAAGCUAAAACAUCAGCAAUAUGAAACUGAAAUGAAAGAGCGAUAUAAGCCAGCUACUCAGAAAACUGCAGAAAAGACAAAGUCAAAUAUUACACAUCAACAGUCUCCAAGAAACAAGACAGAUGAAAUGUGUAGCCAAGGUGAAGAAGACAGCAUGAGUGACCUUACGACUUUGGACAGGAAAGCCCUCUUACAGCAUGGUUAUACAGGCAGCCCUUACGGUGUACAGCAGAGUGCAAGGAAAUUGAAUGCAGAAAUUGUGGCUGCAGAGAAGAAGAAACAGACUGUCUCAGAGCAGAUGAUGAUAGACCACUUAUCUAGGGCUGUAAUCAGUGAUCCAGAACAAAACUUAACCACUGAGAAACAACAAAGUGUUCAAGUCUUUCCAGAUACAAAAAGAGCACCUCUUCGAUUUAGGAAAAGACCACUUCAUGAAACAAAGAUACGAACUCAUUCUACAUUAACUGAAAAUCUGCUUUCUCAUAAAGUACAAUUUGAUGGUAGAAUCAUAUCAAGAAAUGGACGUGAUGCUUGCAGGGAGCUUAUUGGGUUCUUUUUUGCUCAUGACCAAUCCCUUACCAUUUAUGAAUAUCGGCAAUUUGGGAAAAAUAGAACAAAUGUGCUUCCUUUUAUUAAAAAAAGUUCUUAUGGUCAUCAGUGUGGACGAAGAAAAGGAAAACAAUACCAACUUGAUGAUUUUUAUAUUGGUGCAAACUUGACAUUUUUGAGUUCAGAUCAUCCUAGCCUUCCAGAGAGCACAAAAGAAAAUAAAUUACUUACGCUACGAAUUACAAAUAUUGAUCAAAUAGCUUUGGAGUCUCUCAAAACUACUUCUGGGGAGCAUGAGGAUUAUAUAAUCAGACAAGAAGCCAAUGAUAGGCUGGUCUUCAAGGCCAUUCAAGAUGUGCUAAAAGAAAAACUACAUAAAAGAGGUGUUCGUAUUUUGACUGGGUUAGGAAAGUACUUUCAACAAUUGGACAAGAAAGGAAAUGGACUUUUAGAGAAGGCAGAUUUUAAACAAGCUCUAGAAGUAUUUCACUUAGAAGUGUCCAAAAAGGAUUUUGAGUCUUCAUGGUUAAUUCUCAAUGACAAUGGCAGUGGCAAUGGCAAGGUUGAUUAUGGAGAAUUUAAACGUGCCAUUAUUGGUGAAAUGAAUGAAUAUAGGAAAUCAUUUGUUCGAAAGGCCUUUAUGAAACUGGAUUUUAAUAAAACUGGCAUUGUGCCUAUUGUAGACAUAAGAAAAUGUUAUUGUGCAAAGAAGCAUCCCCAAGUAAUUUCAGGUCACUGCACAGAGGAAGAAAUCAAAUCAUCUUUUCUGGACACAUUAGAAGAAGCCUGCAGCAAGUCUGAUGAAGUGUCGUAUGGUGAAUUUGAAGAUUACUAUGAGGGUCUAAGUAUAGGAAUAGCAGAUGAUGAAGAUUUUAUUAACAUCUUACGUAUUCCAUGGGGGAUUUAGUUUUAAUAAUGCUAUGUCAUCAGGACUAAGCAUUUUAUAGAAGAAAUAAAUUGAAUGUAAAGUAUGAUCAAACAUUGUAACAUUUUUCUGGGACUCUCUUCAUCCUGUUUUUCUCAAAAAAGUUGAGUCAGGAAAGAGAACUAUUCAGAAAGAUAUAUGUUGGAGUAUGUAUGUUCAUGCAUGUGCACGCAUGCUCAUCAUCUAAAAAAUUGUAAAGAUAUGUCUUUUUCGUCUUUAAUUUACUUUGAAUAUAAUUUAAAAAUUAGCCUCAAUCAGAAAGCUUCAUCUGGUGGCAAAAGGUGGAGUGAUGGUUCAGGCACUGAACUUCCACAUGGCUGAUCAUGGUUCAAAUCCUGGACCUGGUGGCUUCAAAAUCUUGCUGAGCA